AUGGCGUGGUCAACGGAGACGCCGUCGUAUUGCGGCUGGAAUGAGCUGCAUGUGAAGAACGCGAGAGGGAAGAUGGAGGUUCAUUAUUAUCUCGAGAGGAAAGACGGAUGUGCGGAUCUGGCUGUUGUUGGGAGGGUGAAGAAUUCUAAAAGCAUGUCCUUUCGUUACGCUUUGAAGAAGAAUCGCUCCGUUUUGAAGAAGCUUGACUCUGUAGAAGACGUUGCGGAUUGGCUCAAUUCCAUUGUUUCCGGUGAGAUACCGCACGUAGCAGAUGUGCCAGCUACUAAUAUGACUGAACAAGCUGCUGGAGGAUUGAAUAUUGGCGCUCUAAUGAAUGGUCAAUAUCAAAAGCCUAUUCAUCAGGCCAUCAAAUUCUCCUGGAUCGGUUCUGCUUCAACUUGCAGGAAACGGCGUAAGCAUUAUCCAUCUUUUUCCCGGAACGGUAUCAUUGUCUCGGUGAACGAUUUUGUGUAUGUUUUAGCGGAGCAACAUAAGAGACUUGUUGCAUACUUGGAAGACCUUUAUGAGGAUUCUAAAGGCAGCAAGAUGGUCGUGGUACGAUGGUUUCACAAAACUGAUGAAGUUGGAAUUUAUUUGCCCGAUGAUGUCAAUGACAGAGAGAUUUUCUUUUCUCAUAGUCUUCAAGAUAUCAACAUCGAGUGCAUUGAUGGAUUGGCUACUGUCCUCAGUCCUCAGCACCAUGAGAAAUUUCUCAAGGUGCCAAUGCAUGUUCAGCCAGUAGCUUUCUUCUGCCAGAAAUUAUACGGAGAUGAUGGCAUGAAGCCGUAUGACAUCACACAGUUAGAAGGUUACUCGAGACAAGAAAUGCUUAGAUACUUGAAUGUAUCCGUUGCAAAGUCAGGGGAGGGUGCCCAGGCACUUGGUACUGACCUAGGAACAGGAGCUUCUCUUGCUGGUUGUGUUGGGGUUAGAUCGAGGAAACGGCGUCGUUCGGCAGAUGACGUGAAAGGUGACUUCAAAGCUAGCCCAAAUUCUGUUGAGUUGGGGGCUUCAGAUGCUUCUACGUGCAAAGGCGCAAAAGAUGAUGCUUCCCAUUACAUUAAAAAGGGUUCAAUUGUUGAAGUUCUCUCUCAAGAUAGCGGCAUCAGAGGCUGUUGGUUUAAGGCAUUGAUAAUAAAGAAGCACAAAGACAAGGUUAAGGUCCAGUACCAAGACAUUAAGGAUGCAGUUGAUGAAUCUAAAAAGCUAGAGGAGUGGAUUUUAACAUCUCAGGUUGCUGCUAGUGAUCAUUUGGGUCUUAGAAUCCCAGGACGAAACAUAGUACGUCCAGUUCUGGAGCCUAGCAAAGAAAACGAUGUAUCGGCUGUUGGUGUUGGUAUGCCUGUGGAUGUGUGGUGGUGUGAUGGAUGGUGGGAAGGGAUUGUGACGCAGAAAGUUUCAGAAGAGAAAUUUGAAGUUUACUUGCCAGGUGAAAAGAAAAUGUCUGCCUUCCAUCGUAGGGACCUCAGACGAUCUCUGGAUUGGUCUGCAGAUGAGUGGGUACCCAUAGAAUCAAGAUCUGAUCUCGUUAGCUCUGUUCUAUCGUUGAUGGAGAAGAAAGAGGCUGAGGUGAAACAUGAUGAGAAGCUACCUGAAGCUGCUGUUGCUAAUGCUGUGAUGUCACCAAAGGGUGAAGCUAACCUCACCAUCUCUCUUCCAGUAGCUACAACAGACAAGGCAUCUACUAAGCAACCAGUUCCAGAUCUUCUGAAAGACGUCUUAGUCUCUGGUUUAAAGUGGAACGCAUCGAAGAAGAAGAAGCGGAAUCGAACUGUCAGCGUCUGUCCGCACGACCCUAGCUCGAGUAAUGGCGGCUCAUGUGAAAGAUCCUCGGAUUGUGAGAAGUGCAUUUCAAUGGGAGGUUCUCUGUACAGCUCCUCGGUUGUUGUUGGACGAAGGAAGCGUAAUCGAAUCGUGAGUUGCUGUCCGCACAAUCCUAGCUUGACUGAUGAUGGUUUCUCACGUGAAAGGUCAUUGGAUUGUGAAAAGAGCAAGUUCAUGGGAGAUUCUGUUUUCAGCUCUUCUGUUGGGAAGCCUUUGACUGGCCUAUUAAUGUCAAGAUGA